AUGGGGAAUUUUACAGCUGUAACAGAAUUUUUUCUGGUGGGUCUUUCUAAUUACCCAGGCCUCCAGAUAUCUCUUUAUGUGCUCUGCCUCUUGAUGUACUUGGUGAUUCUAGUAGGAAAUGGUAUACUCAUUAUCAUCAGCAUCCUGGAUCCCCACCUCCAUACCCCUAUGUAUUUUUUUCUUGGGAAUCUCUCUUUUUUGGACAUCUGCUACACCUCUUCCUUAAUACCACAAAUGCUAUUUAAUUUUGCAUCUGAAAGAAAAUCCAUCACUUUCAUUGGAUGUGGCCUGCAGAUGGUUCUUUCCCUUGGACUUGGGUCCACCGAGUGUCUUCUCCUUGCUGUAAUGGCUUUUGACAGAUAUGUAGCCAUAUGUAGUCCUUUAAGAUACACCAUCAUCAUGAACAAGGGGCUCUGUGUACAGAUGGCUUCUUGGACCUGGAUAGUAGGAUUUAUGAACUCUCUGGUACAAUCCGUACUUACAUUGAUAUUACCUUUCUGUCAGAACAUUAUUGACCAUCUUGUCUGUGAAAUUCUAGCCCUUUUGAAGCUUAUCUGUGUAGACAUCUCUCUCAAUGUAUUUAUUAUGAUUAUUGCAAGCAUUAUUCUGUUAAUCACUCCUCUUGUGCUUAUUUUCUUCUCUUAUGUCUUUAUCCUCCUGACUAUCCUGAAAAUUAACUCUACUGAAGGGAGGAAAAAGGCCUUUUCCACUUGUUCAGCCCACUUGACAGUGGUGAUCUUGUUCUAUGGGUCUGCUCUUUUCAUGUACAUGAAGCCCAAAUCUAAGGACACUAAGCUUUUUGAUGAAAUUUUUGGGUUGUCUUACUGGGUGUUCACUCCAAUGCUGAACCCCAUCAUCUAUAGCCUGAGGAACAAGGAGGUAAAAGAGGCUGUAGAGAAAGUACUAAUCAGAAAUCUGUACUUAAGGAGAAUGUGAACUUUGAGACUGACUGUUGGCUCAUAUUGUGCAGAGGAACUUUGUCUUCUUUAUUCAAACCCAACACCCCUAUACCUAGGAUCAGUAGUGUAAGAGUGACUGAAAAAUCUCAAAUGGGAUCCUCAUUCUUUUUCAUACAAAAUGAAUAUUUCUGAAGUAUAGUUAUGUGAUUAGAGCCUGCUAAUUCCCCCACUUCUACCUAUGCUGAUUUUUCUGGUCUUUGUGAUAUAUUUCUUUAAACUGUUACACAUAUCUCCAUGCACAUGUUGCUCACAAUUUUUUGUUAGUUGAGAAGUUACCUUUGUACUUUCCAAUCAUUGUUUCUAAAGACAUAAUUUCUGAUUUCAUAAAAGUAUUAGAAAGAGUUUUAAAAAUAUUUCUGUGUCAAACUUAUGGUUUGUAUGUAUAUAUUCAUUUACUGGAUGUGUCAAUGUAUUAGGUCUUUAAAAAGGAAACAAUAAAGAAAAUAUUAAUAAAAUAAUAAAAGAUAUGGCUUCUCUUCUGUAGUUUAUCAUAUAGACAAGUC